CGAGAACAAAGUCGAUCUUCUGCUCGCGCACAACAGUGCACGGCGAUCAUCUGCACUCUCCGGCGUCGUUUUUUCCGGCAAUGACGGAUCAUGUAUUCAAUAGCAUCUCCCUUGGAGGCCGCGGAGGAACCCAGAUGGAAUACAAUAUGCUGAAGCGAUUGGUGUUUCUGAUGAGAUUUUUCAUGUUUCAAGUAGCUUGCACAAUGUUGAUUUUACCAAACUGAGAAAUCAAAAUGAAAAUGGAGAUGGAGGACUAACAUAAGGAUUUCAUGGCGAUGUCGUCUGUUUCUUUUGAACUGAUAUGAUACUGAGAACUGAUAAGCUGCAAAAUUUCUUAGCUGUUCUGUCCUUUUCAGUUGCAGAAUAAUCUCAUACAUUUUAGGUUGCAAACUGCAGAAUCCAGGGCAAAUUAAAAUUUUUGCAGGAGGUAUAGUGUGGAAGAAGCAAGGAGGUGGGAAGGUAGUUGAAAUUGAUAAAACUGAUUUGUUAGGCCUUACAUGGAUGAAGGUUCCUCGGUCAAAUCAACUAGGUGUUCGAACUAAAGAUGGCCUUUAUCAUAAGUUCACCGGUUUUCGAGAUCAGGAUGUGACGACUCUUAAUACAUUGUUUCAAUCCAAUUAUGGGAAAACUCCAGAGGAGAAGCAGCUCUCCGUUAGUGGAAAAAACUGGGGUGACGUUGAUUUAAAUGGGAAUAUGCUUACAUUUCUUGUGGGUAAUAAACAAGCGUUUGAGAUAUCCCUAGCAGACAUUGCUCAGACUCAGCUUCAAGGAAAGAAUGAUGUCAUGAUGGAAUUCCACGUAGAUGAUACAACUGGGGCCAAUGAGAAAGACUCAUUAAUGGAAAUAAGCUUCCACAUCCCCAAUUCAAACACUCAGUUUGUUGGGGAUGAAAAUCGACCUUCUGCUCAGGUUUUCCGGGACAAGAUUGUUUCAAUGGCAGAUGUUGGAGCGGGAGGUGAAGAAGCUGUUGUUACCUUUGAUGGAAUUGCCAUUCUCACUCCUAGGGGACGAUACACUAUUGAACUCCAUCUGUCAUUUUUGCGUCUCCAAGGUCAAGCCAACGACUUCAAAAUUCAAUACAGCAGUGUUGUCCGAGUUUUUUGGUUGCCUAAGUCUAACCAACCUCAUACCUUCGUCGUUGUUACACUUGAUCCACCAAUUCGGAAGGGCCAAACUUUAUAUCCCCAUAUCGUGAUGCAGUUUGAGACAGAUAUUGUGAAGGAUACCACCUUGUCGAUGAGUGAUGAACUUUACAAUCUCAAGUAUAAGGAAAGGCUCCCUCUAACACACAAGGGACUGGCACAUGAGGUCUUUAUUACAAUCCUCCGGGGCUUGUCGGGCGCCAAAGUCACUAAACCCGGAACCUUCCGUAGCGACCAGGACGGCUAUGCUGUGAAGUCGUCUCUUAAAGCCGAAGAUGGAGUACUUUAUCCUCUCGAAAAGAGCUUUUUCUUUCUGCCGAAACCGCCCACUCUUAUUCUCCACGAGGAGAUAGACUUUGUCGAGUUCGAGAGGCACGGCGCUGGAGGUUCGAACAUGCAUUACUUUGAUCUUCUUGUUAGGCUUAAGACCGAGCAGGAGCACCUUUUCCGUAACAUUCAGAGGAAUGAAUACCACAAGCUCUUCGAAUACGUCAAUCACAAAGGCCUGAAAAUCAUGAACCUGGGAAGCGAUAAGGCCGGCGUCGGAGUUGCUUCUGUUCUUAAUGAGCAUGUCGACGAUUCUGUUGACCCACAUCUCGAGCGGAUCAAGAACGCCAUCAGCGACGAAGAGGACGAGGAUUUCAUUGCUGACAAAGAUGACGAAGGCUCCCCGUCCGACUCCGGCGAGGAAGAUUCCGACGCCAGCGAGAGUGGAGGCGAAAAAGAGGUACCGGCUAAAAAGAAAUCGAAAAAAGAAGCAGCUGCGCCAAAAGCGCCGGCACCAUCGAAUAAAAAGAAGGCCAACGAUGGCGACGACGACGGAUCAAAGAAGAAGAAACCGAAGAAGAAAAAGGAUCCAAAUGCGCCGAAGAGGGCGAUGAGCGCCUUCAUGUUCUUCUCCCAAACCGAACGAGACAACAUGAAGAAGAGCAACCCGGGAAUUUCGUUCACGGAGCUCGGGAAAGUUCUCGGCGAGCGAUGGAACAAAAUGACGGGGGAAGAGAAAAGUCCGUAUGAAGCAAAAGCAAGGGCGGACAAGAAACGUUACAGUGAGGAAAUAAGUGAAUACAAUAAUAGUAAGAACAAUGCAGAUGCCUCAGCCUCUGUUCCUCCCACUGCUUAGCUUCGAAUCUUCUGUCAGUGUUUGUUUGGAUGAUUUCAUUUUAUUUUUGCUAUUGACGUCUUUUCUUUAAAAAAAUAAAAAAUAUCAUUUCAAAUACUGAUAUUUGUAUUUAUUUAUAUUACACUACGAAUCAAUUUAAAUAUAUGUUAAUAGGAUUUAUCUCUAAUAAA